AUGAACGCAUUUGAUAUUCAACCAGUCAGAUCAAGAAAUUGGGAAGUAGAAGAGGAAGAAGAAGAAACUAGACAAGAACUUCAAAUCUCUCAACCAUAUCUUAAAUUUAAUAAUGAAUCAUGGAAAAGUGUAGAUCUAAGUAACAGGGUUGUGAUUGUUUCAACCAGUGAUGCUCCAUCUAUAUUUAUUAGAUCAACAUUUACUGAUUUGAUUGAAAUUGGUGAGAUUAUAAUAGAUGAUAUUAAACCAAUUAAAUCAAAUGAAAUUAUAAUUAAUAAUAGAUGUAUACUUUAUCAAUCAUCAAGUGACAAAUCAGUUGUAUUUGUAAUCUGUCAAUACAAGGUAGAAUCUGAUCGCGCAUUCAACAUGACUGAAACUAUCUUUGGUCUCUUUAAAACACCACAAUCUGUCAUUGUAUUGGAUUCUCUCAUCAACACACUCUAUCUUUCUACAGAUUAUAGACAUCCAUCACCUCCCUUUUUGAGAGUUGUAUAUACUUCUUCUUUCCAAAAUGUUGCUCAAUUGGGUUUCAUUCCUUUGGAAUCACCAAAUUUAGUUGAACGUUUAACUGCUGGAAUAUUAUCUUAUAUUCCAGCUAUAUCACUUCAAAAUCUUGUAGAAUCAUCAGAGUUGAGUGUAGCCAGUAUUGCCAAUUUCGAAGGUGCCGUUGCCAAAUUACAUCCAGUGUUUCAAAGUGUCCAAGAAUCUAGUAAAAACAAAGAAAGAUUGGCUUUGUAUAGAAAAAUGAGAGAUAGAAGGUUAGAGGUUAGAGACAGAGUUAUAUAUUUAUAUUUAUAUUUAUACAUCAACCAACCAUCUCCCUACAUCGCUGUAAUAUUAAUUAAUCAAUCAACAACAACAGGUGGUCAGCAGCUAGCUAGUUUGUUCAACUGA